ACAAGGAAGGUUUGAGCAUACAAGGCAGGUGUUCCAGGAUAUCCAGACAAGGAGAACUCAAAGGGACAUGUUGACAUUACCGUUCGAAGAGAACGACAUGAUGUGCGAGCCUCCUUUUGGUGCCAGUUUCCCUCGUGAGAAUAUUGGUGAGCAGCGGAAGCAAGACAUCUCUCAUCCCGCACCCGACGACACGUCCGACACAAAAGAGACGGAGGACGACAAUUCGGAGAGAGACGAGGACGAAAGGGACGCCUGUCACGACGAGAACGGACAACAUAAACGGAGAGGCCCCCGGAGAAAGAGUGGAGUUCGCGUGGAAAGGGUCAAAGUACGGCGCCAGGAAGCCAACGCGAGGGAACGCAGUCGCAUGCACGGCUUGAACGACGCGCUGGAGAGUCUGCGCAAAGUUGUCCCCUGCUACUCAAAAACCCAGAAACUGUCUAAAAUCGAGACACUGAGACUAGCGAAGAACUACAUUUGGGCCCUGUCGGAGACAUUAAGUGCCGGUAAAAGACCAGAUUUGCUUUCCUUUGUCCAGACACUGUGCAAGGGACUGUCGCAGCCGACCACCAAUUUAGUGGCAGGUUGUCUGCAGCUCAACGCCCGAAAUUUCCUCACGGAUCACAACGGAGACGUGGCCUUCUCUGGCAGGCCUGCAUAUGACGUGAUGUACCCUUACCAGUCCUCGGACAUGGGCACGCCCACUGGCCACAACACCGGCACCGUAGACAGCACCAAAACAUUCCGACCCUAUAACUACCCUGGCGCGUAUGAGUCCUAUUAUGAGGGCGCGUCUCCGGAGGGCGGCAGUCCACACUUCGAGAGUCCGCUCAGCCCCGCAAUGAACUUUAACGGCAUAUUUUCGCUUAAACACGAAGACCCCGCGGAGUAUGGUAAGAACAGCCACUACGGAAUGCGGUACUGUGGAGUCCCGACUCGAGGGGCACUCGCCCAGAACUCCAUGUACAGAAUGUCCCCUGACAAUCAUUUCCCUUAUGACCUGCAUCUGCGCAGUCAGUCCAUCCCAGACGAAAUAAACGCGCCUUUUCAUAAUUAAUAGGCAAGUUAAAAGGUUCCAAUUCCCUUUUGACUGUUAAUUACUGACUGCACAUGUAAUGCACUGAAGAUAAAAUUCGGGCUCGUUCACAGUUAAUUGCUUACUAUAUGUAUUUAUUUAAUUCCCAAUUAAUUGGGCCGUUUACAAGAAUUUAGGUUAAUUCUUUUCAUUUCAGAUUUUGUAUUACAAGGUUUGAAUUGUAUUUAUUCA